UUAAAGGGAGCUUCACAGAGAGAGAGAGAGAGAGAAACCUUUAUCUUUUUUUGUUGUUGUUGGCUUGAGUACUGGCUGGUGGCUUGCUUCAGUUAAAGUAAGAGACCACAGAGAGGGAUUUCUGGUGGUUUUCAUGGUUAAAGGAGCUGCUGCUUACUGGGAUAUGAGUAGUCAUAGAGUUGAUAGCUACAUACAAGAUUUCAAGAGUUUGAGAUCAAGAAGAUCAUCAUAGCGGGCGCGGAAACAAGCGAUGAAUAAGAGUAGUAAUAAUAUAGGAAGGUCAAUCAGCAGCUCUGAUCUUAUUGAUGCAAAGCUUGAAGAGCAUCAGAUAUGUGGAUCCAAGCAGUGUCCAGGUUGUGGUCACAAACUUGAAGGCAAGCCGGACUGGUUAGGACUACCAGCCGGAGUCAAAUUUGAUCCAACAGACCAAGAAUUGAUUGAACAUUUAGAAGCAAAAGUAGAAGGCAAAGACACCAAAUCACAUCCUUUGAUAGAUGAAUUCAUUCCUACUAUUGAAGGUGAAGAUGGGAUUUGUUACACCCAUCCAGAGAAACUUCCAGGAGUGACAAGAGAUGGGCUGAGCAGGCACUUCUUCCACAGACCAUCCAAAGCAUACACAACUGGAACAAGAAAGAGAAGAAAAAUCCAAACAGAAUGUGACUUACAAGGUGGAGAGACAAGAUGGCAUAAAACAGGCAAAACAAGGCCAGUCAUGCUCAAUGGGAAACAAAAAGGGUGCAAGAAAAUCUUGGUACUCUACACAAACUUUGGUAAGAAUCGAAAACCCGAAAAGACGAACUGGGUGAUGCACCAAUACCAUCUAGGGAAACAUGAGGAAGAGAAGGAAGGUGAGCUUGUGGUGUCCAAAAUAUUCUAUCAGACUCAACCAAGGCAAUGUAAUUGGACUACUGCUGCUGUUGAUAGGAGUACUACUACCGCUACUACUGGUGAAGGAAGUAGUACUGAUCAUCAACCUAAUAGUACUAGUAGAAGAGAUAGUGGUAGUGGUAGCUCAUCUUCUAAAGAGAUUAAUGUCUCACUUAGAGAUCAUGAAAUAUCUGCAACUGGUGCUGCUGCUGCAAUAUCAAGUUUUGGUUCUGCCUUGGAUCAUUUGUCACAGUUGAAAGCUCAUGACCAUUUCAGCUUUCUCCCAUUCAGGAAAAACUUCGAUGAGGUGGGGAAUAUAGGAGAUGCUUCAACAGCAAGGGAUCAACCCACUUCGGUGCCUGUCACGUGCGCCGUCGAGUUUGGGGAGAAUCAACAGAGGCAACUUCAUCAUCAUCAUCAACAACAACAACAUCAUCAGAAUAUGGCAACUGCUGCCUUUCACAUAAGCAGGCCUUCACAUCCCAUCUCCACCACUGUCUCUCCUCCUCCACUGCAUCACACUUCCAUAAUUCUCAAUGAAGACCCUUACCAUAUCUCCAGGUUCAUGCUUCCAAAUGAUCAUUUCCAGCAACAGCAACAACAUCAUCAUAAACUAGUAGGAAGGUCUGCGUCAGGUUUGGAGGAGCUCAUCAUGGGUUGCACUUCAACAGACAUCAAAGAAGAAUCAUCAAUCAAUCCAGCAAACGCACAACAAGAGGCAGAAUGGUUGAAGUACUCGUCCUUCUGGCCUGUUGAUCCUGACAACCAAGAUCAUCAUGGGUAGCACCAACAAAACCCUACAAAACAUCAUCAUCAUCAUCAUUGCCAUCAUUUUUCUAGUACAAACCCACAAGAGUUUGUUCUCUCUCAUCUUUUCCUUUCUUUUCUCUCCUUGUCUCUCAACUGAAAUUAACUGCAUAAACAGUCCAUGUUGGAAAGAAAGAAAAAGAAAGCCAGGAAAGGAAAAGAAGAAAGAAAAAGAAAGCCAAGAAAGGCUGCUUCUCUAUCUCUUUCUCUCGACUGACAAAAUUUAUGGCCAGAGGAGGAACCAAACAAAGCAAAUCCUCCCUCUUUCUCUCUUUCUGUGCAUGAAAAUCAUCAAUGGUAUCAUUACACUAUCAUCUUCCAUGUCUCUAUAUAUUAUUUUAUUUUUGUGUUUUUUUAUACUUCCUUUUGCAAAGGAAACACCACAGAGUUAAUUUGUGCAAAUUAAUUAAUGCAAAGAGGAACUUUGUUGAUUGUAAUAUUAAUUGUGCCCUAAUUAUUCCCUUUUCAGUAAAAUAUACUGUACAAGGAAGGAAAUUUGUAUGAUAUCCCCCCUCUAUAAAUGAAGAAAUUGUUUAUUCUCA